GCUCUCAUUAGCUGCUGCUUGCUGAGUGUUAAGAACAGAGGCAAAUGUCAAAAGCAUUUGUUUUUGCUCGGCGUAUGUUCUUGUGGAACGGAACCAUAAAGAAUGCCUCUUUCACACCUUAGCAUUAUUUUAUGGAGUACAAGUGUAUUUUUCGUGUUUUGGCCACAACUGAGCCGUGGAUUACUGUCUGAUCUGAAGCUCUGUGGAGAUCCAAAGUGUUAUAGCCAAAUGAGCAGGGUACGGGCCGUCAGGGAUCACGACGGAAAGGAUUGUCGUUUUCUGAGUUUCCGGCAAGGAGAAAGCAUCUUUGUGCACCACAAACUGACAGGAAAGAGGAGCAAUCUUUGGUCUGGCAGUAUAAACCAACGGUCUGGCUAUUUUCCAAAAGAAGCGGUCAAAGAGGAACAAAAGAUUGCAACUGAGGAAAUAGUAAUUGCAACACAGGAAUCUGAUUUUCUGUGUAUGGAUAACCUCGGCUAUCCCAUUGACUCCAGUCAUUUGAACGCUGAUGAUGAUGAGGAGGAGGAGGAGGGGGAGGAGGUUGAGAACAAAGACUCUCGUCUGAAGAGCCCACUUGAGGACCUUGACUCAAGUGAAACAAACAAUUACAAUGAAGAUACAAAUGCUAGGACUCCAACAAUGAAGGACUCCUCUUUGGAAUCUCACAGCGCAUCAAGAGAAGAGAUUGAAAAUGAGGACAAUGGCGGUGCCGAGACUAAGGCGAAAUCACCUGAAAGCGCUGUGGAACUGAAGGAAAAAGGUGGGUCUCCUGCCUCUUCCUGGCUCAGGUCUUCAGUGACGGGAUGGUUAGGUGGAGGGAAACAGGAAGAACCUGACAGUUCAGCUGAGGUACAGAAGCAUUUGAUGCCAGGACAAGAUUUGCUCCCAUCUUCACUGACGGGGUGGCUGGGCUUAACAAGUGAAGCAAAUUCCGUUUCUGCCACAAACCAAGGAGAGCAGGACAGAAAAGCUGUUGAGUCUGGAUGGCUUGGCUUUGGAGGUGAGGAAAACGUCAACGAGGAUGAUGAAAGACAACCGGACUUAAAACCAGAAUCGGGAGAGAACUUCAGAAGCAGAAAGAUGUAUCUGGACUUAGAAACACAACCGAUACAAGAGAAGAAGGGGCACAACGUGGGGACAUUGGGCUGGCUUGGAAAUGGACUGUCACAAACACUUGGCUUUGGCCCGUAUGACCCAGACACCAGUCAGACCAUUCAAGGAGAAGUUGAGAAGGAUGGCAAACAAACAGAAUCCGCUUCUUGGUUUGAUUUGGGGAUCAGAAACAUUUUAGCCCUCGGGGAAGACGACAAGGUAGGUGGUGACGUAACUGAUUCGGACGCAAAGUCUGACCAUAGGGUGCCAUCUGACCAUGGCAAGGAUAGCCACUUCGAUGACACUUCUCAGGUUGAUCAAAAGGGCGACCCUAACCCUCAAAACCAGAGAACAGACAAGAAUCAUGGUAACGAGGAAAGACAAAACAAUUUAGCAAAUAAGGAUGAUGUCACCUCAAUGCUCAAUGCUCCAUGCAAUGAUGAGGCGACUUUACCUGAUUUGACAAAGCAAGGUGACAAUGUGGACAAAUCCAACAUAUCAAGUGACGAGGAAGGGAAACGUGAAAAAGACACUAUGAUGGAGCAAAGGGUAGGGCAAGAAAGUGGCUCCUCUCCACCGUCUAAAAGGGAAAUACGACAAGACUCAGAGCAAGAUGACAGUCAGGGAAAUGACAAAAAGAGUCAAGAAGAUCAUCAAGAGGAUAUAGACGAGGAGGAAUUGAAAGGAAAAAGGCAGGACCGGUUGAAAAGUGUGACACAAGAGAAUGUCACUGAUGAUAACAAACAAGAGGAAGAACAAGGCAGUCCUCUGGAAUUAGUUUCAGAGCACUUGAGAGAUGCUCAAAUUAUACACCAAAAGCUGUCUGAAGAGGAGAAAGGAAAACGUUCAUCCCCUGAUAUGGAAGGCCCUUACCUCCAAAGCUCAUUCAGAUCUGCCUUCAACUUUUUAAAAGAAAGGAGCUUUGUGUCUUCUCUUGGACCCAACAAGGAAGAGGACACAUCGAACCGUGACAAAUAUAAAGAAUUUGAUGAGGAGGAAAAAAUGGACCAGGUGAAGACUAUCGAAGAAGAGGAAGCCUCUCCAGCGUUGAUAGAGAAGCCGGAGGAAAUUGUCCAGGGAUACCACAAACACAAAGAGGAACAUGAAUCCAGUGAAAAGCUCAAAAUCUCCGAAAAGUCACAAUUCGAAUCACCGCAAGAGUUCCGAGUGAUGGAGCAGAUACAUGAGAAGAAGCUGCCAGAGUCAAUCGAGAACCAUCAGCAGGACCAUGAGGAGGAGGAGUCCAAACUGAGGAAAAAGGAAGGAGUUCAUAACUUGAUGCAGGAGGAGGAGAAUGCAGACCAGUUUGAAGACGAUGAGCAGAAAGGCUCCAAGAAGCUGCUGGAAGUGGAUGAUGAGUCAGACGAGGAGAAGAAGCAGGAAACAUUUUCUGAUUUGAAGCAGAGCGUGUUUGAAGAGCAGCACAAGCCGAAGACCAGAGAGGAAAUGGAUGACGAGAAGCAUGAGCAACUCAAGGGGAAAGAAGAUGACCUCGAAGAUGAAAAGCAGGAGGAGCUCGAAAGAGGGCCGAAGAGUGAGGUCGCCGAGGUCUCGGUGCAGACGAUGCAAGAGGAGGACCAAGAGGAAGCGUUUCAAGAGAGACAGAAGCAGCACGAGAUGGAAAAGUUAGCCGGGAACGAGUACCAAGUCGGUGAUGAGGGAGGAGAAGAGUUAGACAAGGAGCAGGAGCAGCUGGAAAAGUUAGAUGAGAAGAAUGAAGAAGAUGGGUUAGAAGAGAAGGAAAAUAGCGCCCCAGAGGACAUUGAGCAGGAUUUGUCCUUCCAUCUGACACACCAAACACAUUUACAUGAGAAAGAUGCUCAGACCACUUUAGUUGAGACGGAGAGCCAUGAAAAGACGGUGAAUGGAGCAUGUGUGAAGAAAAACAACGAUGAUAGCCAAAGGACAAUAAAAGAGUUGACAGACUCACCCUCAGGGUUUGAUGGGAAACCAAAUGACAUGUCAAAGACACAAACCCCUCAGAGUCCCCAACAUCAAGUGGACUCCACAACAAAGAGUGACAAAAACUUGCAUCCACCACCCUGGAAUCUUCCUAGCGAUUCUCUGAAUACAGCGGAGCCCCACCAACCGACCCCCAGUGAGACUCUCCAAGAUCACAUGAGCACAGAAGAGACGACCAUUUUAGCUGAGCUAUUAGGCCAGAAGAAAUUGGAACAUUUGAAUGACAUCUUUGGCCACGCAGAUCAAGAUCACGAUGAAUCAAUCUCGUCGGAUAUCGAGACAAUUCUGCACGAGCACCGAGAGAGACUGUACGCUCCGAGCGUGAGACUUUGGGAAGCACCGGAAGAGGACAAAGUAAAGACCAGAACCCUUAUUGCGAUUCAGAAACUAGAAAUACUGCUGAAAAGAGCAAGAGACACUUUCCACACCAGGAAAUCAGAGCUCAAUAGAAUAAACGCUCAAGCUCAGACAAGUUGCGUUGGUGCAUGUCGCAAAGAUCAAGAGACUAUGAAGACUGUGGCUAUGCAGAUUGAGGAUGCCACUCAGAAGCAGUCCUCCUCUCCGACUCGUGCGACGGACUUUGUCAAAUGGCCUCAAAUGAAGGUGGUGUCAUUACUGCCUCAUGACAUAAGGCCUGGGCCUGACUUCUAUGGAAUCCCAUGGGAACUAAUCAUCAUCUCCAGUCUGGUGGGGCUGGUGACAAUGUUAUUGUUCAGCUGCAGAUGUUACAGCUCUGUGAAAAGCAGAUUGUAUCGCCGUAAAGAGUGGUGGAUGGCAGAGCAGGUGGCAAAACUUGUUGAAGAGAAGUGUGAAGUCCUAGAAACUCUCAGUAAAUGCCAACAAGAGUACGAUGAGCUUGAGAACUCAUUAAGUGAAAGUGGCGCCGUAGCUCAAACCCAGAAGGCUGAUCUGGAGGUUCGAGCCCGACAGUUAGAGCUUAAUAGCAGUCAACUAGAAGAAAGUCUACAAAAAGUGAAGGAUCAGUUGGAUCAGCAGAGAGCUCACCGACUAGAACAGGAACAAAAGGUCACGCUGCUCGAGCAGAGCAUGGAAGCAAUGGAACUGGAAGCCAAGGAGCUCCAAUCACAAGAACAACAGGCUCAAACAACCAUUAAAGUGUACAAUAUGAACAGUGAGAGACUUCAGAAGAAUAUGGAAACAUCUGGAGAAGAAAAUACUCUGCUCAAGGAGAGCAACGCACAGUUACGGCAGCAGGUGGAGGGUUGGGCAGAGCGAGUGAGUGAACUGGAGGAGGAGAUGAGGCGCUAUGAAUUGACUCACAGUGGGAUGGUGCAGGAUGUGGCCAACAGGGACGAACGUAUCAAGUCCCUCACCGAUCGGCUGCUGGGGAUGAAAGCCUGGGAUGCCAAUCUCGAGGGGGACGGAGGUGACACAUCGGCCGGAGCGGAAAGGAAUGGGAAAGUCGAUGCCCCCAAUUCUGAAGUCCAUCUCCAGAAAGUCCAAAAGCUUAUUUUUGCCGCUAAGCUCAAUGCAGACCUCAAAUCGGUUGAUGAAGACAAGGACCGAGUGUUUGCCAAACUGAACGAUGAAGUCAAAGCUAAAGAGGACCUGGAAGUGAGCAUUAAGGAGUUGGAGAGUGAGCGCUUCUCUAUGCAAGCUGACACGGAGCACUACUCUGAACAGGUCCAGCGACUGCAACAGAAACUCCAGAUCAUGACUGAAAUGUAUCAAGAGAAUGAGCUCAAACUACACAGGUUGUUGACGGUGGAGGAAAAGGAGCGUCUGCAGAAAGAAGACAAAUUGACUAAAGCAGACAAAAACAUUGCUUUGGCAAUGGAAGAACUCAACAACUACAAACUUCGCGCUGGGGAGAUGGAAGAGGAGCUGGGGAAAACCAAACAGUCAUAUCAGACCCAGAUAUCGGCCCAUGAGAAGAAGGCUCACAACAAUUGGCUUGCAGCAAGAGCCGCAGACAGAGAGCUCUCAGACACCAAGAGAGAGAACGCCCUCCUCAGGCAAAAGAUUACAGACACACAGUUCAAGAUGGAUACCCUCGAUAAAGAUCCAUUCACCUUGGACAGCCUGGCCAGGCCUUUACCUUUCCGAGCUGAAAGAUUGCCGUACGGCCCUUCUCCUUUGGGUCGACCUGCAUCUGAAAACCGAGCUUUACUCUCACCUCCCACACUUGUUGAAGGGCCUUUAAGCAGACUUUCACCUCGAGUUUCCCGUGGUCCAAUAGACCCCCAUAGUGGCCAAGGAGAGCAAGAGCAGAGUGGAGCUGCUCAUUCAGACAGUGGCUCGCUAUCUCCUUCAUGGGAAAGAGAUCGCAGGGGACCCCCACCAGGACCCCCUGGGCCCUUCCCCCAUCAAGGCUAUAUGUAUCCUGAACCUGGAGGUCCAAUCUACAGGAGACCUGCUGGUCCUCCCCCAGGAGUAAUGGGUCCUCUGCCACCUCCAGGUCUUCAUCCAAGGGGUCUUCCGAGUUCUGGGCCCCUGGGACCCAUCCACCCGGCAGACACAACAGAUGGUACAAACAGAGAAAACAGCCUCGGACCUGAAUACGAUCACAGAGAGCCUGGUCCCGGUGAUGGAAGGACUCCCCCUGAACCUGCUCUGAGAAUGGGCAUGCCACCACCGCCACCUCCCGGACCGCCAAUGGGCCCCAUAGAUGGUCCAUUUCCUCGAAGAGCACCCUUUGGACCUCCUGAAUUCUUCCCUCCCAGAGGCCCUCCCAUGAUGCCAAUGUGGGCUCCUCGGCCAGGAAUGAUGUUCCCUCCUCGUUACCCUCACGGCGGACCUCCGCCUCCUCACCCGCUUUCUUAUGGGCCACCGAUGCGGCCUCCUCCACCUGAUGGCCUUCCGCCUCCUUCCAUGGCUCCCCCCACGUCCCAGCAGAACCUCCCCUUUGUGCCACAAUCAGAAGAUGAGCAAACAUCCGUUCCGUAAUAGUCUGGAACGAAUGUCGACGGAGGGUUGUUAUCAAGUACCGGAGAUUUUGGCUGCUUCGGACAAAGCAAGCUCAAAUUGAGCAUUUGGAAGAUGCAUUGUAGGAGGAAACCAAAGCGGAUGUGUUGAACGUGUGAACUCUCCACAAAAAGGUGGGAGGUGAAAUUCAAGCCCAGAACUUUGACCGUGACAAAGACAUGAGAAGCAAAUUCUCCACCGUGAUGCUCUGCUGCAUAAUUAUGAGCUGAAAAUGAGCCACCCAGUGUAAGUUUUGAAAUUGAACCAAGGGCAUACUGUUAAAUGAUGUCUGCUUGAGUACAAGUCUAUCGAAUUCCUUUCCCGUCUAUUUAUUCCAGACUUUACUCGUAUACAAGGUCAUGUUAUUAUGUCAGACUAUCACAAGUUCCGUUGACUUUAAAAUCCAUGUAAACAAUCAAUUUAGCCUUGUAAUUUUACACUUUCUAUUCGACUGGAAAUCUAAAUUCAUCAGUGUGAGGCUAGAAAAUUCAUUUUAAUAAAAAAAACAAAAAAAACUGCAUCCUCUGGAAGGAACACUUUACAGAUUGUAUGAAAAACAAAUCCCAAAGUUACAAACAUCAGCAUUCAACACAAAAUGAAUGUCAUUGUUUGGCAGUUUGUUCAUAUCUGCUACCAAUGAAUCACUUGCCUUUCCCAUGAACUGAUUUUUGGAACAAUGCGUUACAGGCAAUAACAAAUGCAAUCGCCACCCACCAAACUGUACAAAAACGACACUCCAAUUAAAUUAAUUUGAUCAAUAUAAAAUAAAACCAUUGAUUUGGCAAAAUU